UAAAGCUGCAAGCGGGGGGCAAAAAGUAGGAAGGGAGGAGAAGCGCCCUGAGAGCGAGCAGCCCAGGCAGCGGAGGUAAAACAGAAAGAGCAGGAGUUUAUUAAGUAUUUGACGUGAAUCAAAAUGUGCAAAGGAGAAUAAUGGAAGCUCCUGAAUACCUCGAUUUGGAUGAAAUUGACUUCAGUGAUGACAUAUCUUAUUCAGUUACAUCACUGAAGACCAUCCCAGAACUGUGCCGAAGAUGUGACACGCAAAAUGAAGACAGAUCAGUUUCUGGCUCUAGCUGGAAUUGUGGCGUCUCCACACUCAUUGCAAAUGCUCAGAAGCCCACGGGGAUCGCCGAUGUGUACAGUAAGUUCCGCCCCGUCAAGCGAGUUUCCCCACUGAAGCAUCAGCCCGAGACUCUGGAAAGCAAUGAAAGCGAUAAUCCAAAGAACCAGAAGGUGGACUACCAGAAAGGGGAUGAUUCUGACCCAGGCCCCCAACCUGAGGAGCUCAGCUCCGGGGAGGGAGAGGGCGGCCCCCAAAGUCAGAGCAGCGAACCCAGCACGUUGUUGGGCGAGCUGGAACACUAUGAUCUGGACAUGGAUGAGAUUCUGGAUGUGCCUUACAUUAAAUCCAGCCAACAACUUGCCUCCCUUACCAAGGUGACUUCAGAAAAAAGAAUUUUGGGUUUAUGCACAACCAUCAAUGGCCUUUCAGGCAAAACCUGCUCUACAGGAAGCGCUGAAAACUCGCCGUCCAACACGACACCAUUUUGUGUUCUCUCUCCCGUGAAAAGCCCUCACUUGAGAAAAGCAUCCUCUGUCUUCCGAGACCAGCCAAAGCUCUCCACUGAGGAAUGCGAGAGCUCGACUCCGGUGGUUAAGUGUUGCUCUGCCUAUGAGUCUGAAAGCCAGAGUAAGGACUUCCUCAGCAAGACCCUCAGUGAGGCUCACAGUCGAAGAGGCGAGAAGGGGCUGCCAGAUUGCCAGCUCAGGGCCUUCCAGCUGCCACCCGCGGCAACAGAACCCAAAGUGGAAGAGCAGAUGGGGGCCAUGAACUGGACCAACUCCCAAGGCCCAGAAGAAAGGAGUGAGUAUCUAAAAAAGGCGAAAAGCAUCUUGAACAUCGUCAAAGAAGGACAAAUCUCUCUCCUGCCACACCUAGCUGCCGACAAUCUGGACAAAAUUCAUGAUGAAAACAGAAACAAUCUCUUGCACAUCGCUGCAUCGCAGGGACACGCAGAGUGUCUGCAGCACCUCACCUCUUUGAUGGGAGAAGACUGCCUCAGUGAGCGAAAUGCAGAGAAGUUGACUCCAGCGGGCCUGGCCAUCAAGAAUGGUCAAUUGGAGUGCGUACGCUGGAUGGUUAGUGAAACCGAGGCCAUAGCAGAACUGAGUUGCUCCAAGGAUUUUCCAAGCCUUAUUCAUUAUGCAGGUUGCUUUGGCCAGGAAAAGAUCCUUCUGUGGCUUCUUCAGUUUAUGCAAGAACAGGGCAUCUCGUUAGAUGAAGUGGACCAGGAUGGCAACAGCGCUGUCCACGUGGCCUCCCAGCAUGGCUACCUGGGCUGCGUUCAGACCUUGGUGGAAUAUGGAGCAAACGUCACCAUGCAGAACCAUGCCGGGGAGAAGCCGUCCCAGAGCGCCGAGCGCCACGGGCACACGCUGUGCUCCCGGUACCUGGUGGUGGUGGAGACCUGCAUGUCACUGGCCUCGCAGGUGGUGAAGCUCACCAAACAGCUCAAGGAACAGACAGUGGAACGUGUCACACUGCAGAAUCAGCUCCAACAACUUCUAGAAGCUCAGAAAUCAGAGGGAAAAUCAGUCCUUUCUUCACCCAGCUCUCCAUCCUCCCCAGCUUCCAGAAAGUCCCAGUGGAAAUCCCCAGAUGCAGAUGAUGAAUCUGUAGCCAAAAGCAAACCAGGAGUCCAAGAGGGGAUUCAGGUUCUUGGAAGCCUGUCAGCAGCCAGCCGGGCUAGGGCCAAAGCAAAAGAAGAAGAUGCGGACAAAAUCCUACGUCAGUUACUGGGGAAAGAUAUCUCCGAAAAUGUCUGCACCCAGGAAAAGCUGUCCUUGGAAUUCCAAGAUGCUCAGGCUUCUUCGAGAAAUUCAAAAAAGAUUCCUCUGGAGAAGAGGGAACUGAAGUUAGCCAGGUUGAGGCAGCUGAUGCAGCGGUCACUGAGUGAGUUGGACACGGACUGCAGCUACUCUGAGGACCCCAAGAGCACACCGGUGCGGAAGGCUGACAGGCCCCGGCCGCAGCCCAUCGUGGAAGGUGUGGAGAGUAUGGACAGCACAGAAAGCCUGCACCUGAUGAUCAAGAAGCACACCCUGGCCUCAGGACGCAGGUUUCCUUUCAGUAUCAAGGCCUCCAAAUCCAUGGAUGGCCAUAGCCCAUCCCCCACCUCAGAAAGCAGCGAACCAGACCUGGAAUCCCAGUGUCCAGGCUCAGGAAAUGCUCCUCUAAGCCAGCCCUCCGGAGAACCCACUCAGACCAGCCCUGACGGUGCCACAGCCCAGAAAGUGGCCACGAGUCCCAAGAGUGCCCUCAAGUCUCCCUCUUCCAAGCGCCGGACAGCUCAGAACUUGAAACUCAGAGUUACUUUUGAGGAGCCGGUGGUGCAGAUGGAGCAAACUAGCCUUGAACUCAAUGGAGAAAAGGACAGAGAUAAGGCCAGGACCCCCCAGCGGACCUCCACCAGCAGUGAAUCAGGGGAUCAACUGAAAAGGCCUUUUGGAACCUUCCGAUCUAUCAUGGAGACACUAAGUGGCAAUCAGAACAAUAAUAAUAACUAUCAGGCAGCCAGCCAGCUGAAGACUUCCACGCUGCCUUUGACCUCACUUGGAAGGAAGACAGCAGACAGCAAGGGACAUCCCGUGAGCUCUGCUAGCAAAGGAAAGAACAAGGCUGAGAUGUACAGCAGCUGCAUCAGUCUCUCUAACACGCUGAUGGAGGAGCAUCUGAGUCACUACGCACGACUGAAAACACUUUUCGUCACCCUUCUGCCACCCUGGGGAGAAGCUGGGCGCUGCCACUCUGAGAUAGCUCCUGCUUAACAUUUGCAAGCACAAAGCGAGUCAGUCAGCCCAUCAGUGAGUGGCCACAAAUACAAGGGUCAUUCUCAAACAAGAUGUUUAUGUCUCAAAACACAUGUAUAUAAAAAAAAUCAUCUCUGGUGCCUCCUUGGGCAAAAACCUUCUGUAGCACAACUUUCACACCUUGAGAACAUGCCCUGACCAACUGUGAAGACAGAGGAGCAGAAUGAGAGCUGAGAGCAGCUUAGUUAAUGCAGUCAGUGUCUCUUGACUGGUUUAUUUCAGAAAAGAUAAACCCCCAAACACAUUUUAUUUUUUAAGAUAUUUUUAUUGAGGUAAUGUUGGUUUACAAUGCAAUAUGAUUUAGGGAUAUAGGUUCACCCCUCUUCAGCUGCAUAUCCUCCACCACAGUUCACUGGGCUCCCUUUCUGCUUUGCAAAGACCCCACACCCUCCCCCUCUGGUAGCCUCAGUUAUGCAGUUAGAGAUCUCGGAUUUGCUACUGGUUUGGUUCUGUCUGACCCUUUGUUUUGUUUCUCUGUAUUCCACAUAUAAGUGAAACCAAUCAGGAUUUGUCCUCUUUUUCACCAAUUUGGCUUAGCAUAAUCUCCUCCAGCACCAUCUUUGGUGUUGCAAAUGUCAAAAGAUGAAAAAGAAUUCAUCUUUUUCAUAGCCAAGUAGCAUUCCGUUAUGCAUAUACACACCACAUGUUCUUUUUCCACUUGCCUGUUGUUGGGCAUUUAGGCCAUUUCUAUAACUUGGGUAUUGGAAACUGUGCUGCCGUGGACAUAGGAUCCCCCAGAUGCUUUUUUAAAAGAGAUUAGUGCCUUUAAGUCCAUUAAUGUAAUUAAUCCUUUAAAUUAAAAGAAAAAAUUUUGACGUGCAUUUCAGCACUCCUCCAAAAUGUUUCUGUGUGUGUAUGUGUAAGUGUAAAUAAUUUACAUACACUCAAAUAUGAAUGCAUAUGUUGUGGGUAUGAAGGUUAGCUCAGGAUGCUAACCUGAGCUAACCUAAACCAAAUAUAAUCUGCCCCUCUAAACCAAAUGUAAUCUGUUCAGGUUUCUAUUCAGGCUAGAGGAAAGGUAAAUCUUGGUCAUUUAAGGAAGUACUCUGAGGGGUCUCAUUAACUCAGCAAGUUGGGAUCUGCUUGGGUCAUGUUCAUGUGUCACCUGAGUCUGGGCUACCUGUGGUCACACUAGGGCAGGGAAGAGCUGAGCAGUGCUGAGAGUGCUGACAGCCCAAUGCCUGGAGUGGGGAGGAAGUAGAAAAAAAACACUCAUUCCCUUCCUAGACAUCGAUAUGGACCCACCACUAUUUCCCCCAACCUAUCUUCCCCAGGCCAUUCCCUUCUCUGCCCUGUCACAGUUUGAGUGUGUCCUCUGGGACCUCUGAGUUCUGUCAUUGUCCUUAAACAGAAGUCCCCAACACCCAGAAACAAGGAAGCUCAAAGACUUAGCAAACCUUUGGGGAGGGAGCACUUGGAAAAGAUAGUUCAUAUCAUAGUAGAUUGUCUAUGAGCAGGGGAACUAAACUGAACAAUCUAAUAGGAUUACAAAAAUCAGAGCAUAAAAUGAGGUUUUGAGGGCUGCUCGGAUAUCCGACACAAGGGGGUAGUCACACUCAGUUUAGUCCUUACUAAAGACUUUUUGGACCUGUUAGAUUCACUGGCUUUAGUAUUAACAGUUGGAUGCAA